AUGCUGAGUAGCCCUUCAGGGAAGCUAGUGCAGAUCGAGCACGCUUUGACAGCAGUUGGGUCGGGCCAAACCUCUCUGGGGAUCAAAGCUGCUAAUGGGGUUGUUAUUGCAACUGAGAAGAAGCUACCUUCAAUCUUGGUUGAUGAAGCAUCUGUUAAAAAGAUACAGAGUUUGACACCAAAUAUUGGAGUUGUUUACAGUGGUAUGGGUCCUGAUUUUCGAGUCUUGGUUCGAAAAAGCAGGAAGCAGGCAGAACAAUAUCACAGAUUAUAUAAGGAACCAAUCCCUGUUACUCAACUUGUGAGGGAAACUGCGGCUGUUAUGCAGGAGUUCACUCAAUCUGGUGGUGUAAGGCCUUUUGGGGUAUCUCUGCUGGUUGCUGGGUUUGAUGACAGUGGUCCCCAACUAUACCAGGUUGAUCCUUCAGGUUCAUAUUUCUCGUGGAAAGCCUCUGCAAUGGGGAAGAAUGUCUCAAAUGCAAAAACAUUUCUUGAGAAGAGGUAUACUGAUGAUAUGGAACUUGAUGAUGCUGUGCACACGGCUAUUUUGACUCUGAAGGAGGGAUUUGAAGGACAAAUCUCAGGAAAAAAUAUUGAGAUUGGGAUAAUUGGCACAGACAAAAAAUUCAGGCAAGCUCCAUCUUUACUUCCUACUUUGGCAAUAAAUGCUUUGCUCAUUAUAAGUGGUUCUCUAAGGGGGCGAGGAUGGAAAUAUGGAUCCGGGUUUGUUGAUGGAGUUUUCCCAGUGAUGAGCCCCACUGGUCAGCAGAUUCUGGACUUUGUACAGAAGGAAGUUGAUAAAAGCAGUAUUUGGGAAAUUCUUGAUACACUUCCAGCUUCUCAUACCAUAUGGGACGAUAUCAUUAAUGUCGCUGUUCAACUUCGUCUCAAUAAACAGUGGGGCUCCAUUAUCUUGAUAUGUGAGUGGAUAUUGUACAAAAGCUCCUUCAAGCCAGAUGUCAUCUGCUACAAUUUGCUGCUAGAUGCUUAUGGGCAGAAAUCGCAACAUAAAGCGGCAGAAUCAACAUAUUUAGAACUUCUUGAAGCUCGAUGCAUCCCCACUGAAGACACUUAUGCCCUUCUUCUGAAGGCCUACUGCAAGUCUGGAUUGCUAGAUAAGGCUGAAGCAGUCUUUGGUGAAAUGAGAAAGGAAGGACUUUGUGAGAAAGCAGAAGAAAUAUUUGAGCAGAUGCAAAAAGCAGGACAUGAGCCUGAUGUGUACUCUUAUAAUGCCCUUAUGGAAGCUUACAGUCGUGCAGGGUUUCCUUAUGGGGCUGCAGAAAUUUUCUCUCUCAUGCAGCACAUGGGAUGUGAACCCGAUAGAGCUUCAUAUAAUAUCAUGGUAGAUGCAUAUGGGAGAGCUGGUCUUCAUGAAGAUGCAGAAGUUGCAUUUGAAGAGAUGAAGCGAUUAGGAAUAACCCCAACAGUGAAAUCCCAUAUGCUGCUUUUAUCUGCCUACUCCAAAGCUGGCAAUGUAGCAAAAUGUGAGGACAUUGUGAACCAGAUGCGAAAGUCUGGGCUGGAGCUAGACACCUUUGUCAUUAACAGUAUGUUAAACCUGUAUGGCCGGUUAGGUCAGUUAGAAAAGAUGGAGGAAGUUUUGACUGCAAUGGAAAAAGGACCAUAUGCAGCUGAUAUCAGUACAUACAACAUCUUGAUUAACAUAUAUGGACGGGCAGGGUUUUUCGAGAAGAUGGAAGAGCUCUUUCAAUCACUUCCAACCAAAAACUUAAAACCUGAUGUUGUGACUUGGACUUCUCGUCUUGGAGCAUACUCUAGAAAGAAACUAUACAAAAGAUGCUUGGAAAUUUUUGAAGAAAUGAUUGAUGCUGGUUGCUACCCAGAUGGUGGAACUGCCAAAGUACUUCUUGGAGCAUGUUCAAGUGAAGAUCAAACCGAGCAGGAGUUGAAUGGCCGUCUUGCAUUAUGCCCUUGA